CAUAAAAAUUUAUCGAUGAGUAACUUGUACAUGGAGAACUGGGAUUUGCUAGCAGUUGGAGAAAGCAGCAACGAUGCCUGUAUCUCUUACAUGGAAAACCCAGUAUUCAGUUUCGAUCCUUGGAGUUUUCAACUGGAAGAAGAUCUCAUGAGUUUCCCAGAAAAUUUUGAGCCCAACCCGAAAGAUUUAGAUGAAUUGGAAGAGCUUUACAAGACCUUCUAUCCCGAGUUCAAUCCAUAUUCCGUACCAGUCCUUGAAGAACAUGUGGUGGAACCUGAGAACCAAAUACAGCAGCAAUCUGUUUCUCAGUCUGCUAAUAUUUCUGGUGCAAAUAAGGACUCAGGCAAACCUAAAAGAUCCAGCCGGAAAAAUCAGAGAAAUAGAGUGGUGCAGCAUGUAACAGCUGAUGAUCUUCAAUCGGAUAGAUGGGCAUGGCGAAAAUAUGGGCAGAAACCCAUCAAGGGCUCACCAUAUCCAAGGAGCUAUUACAGGUGCAGCAGCUUAAAAGGAUGUUUAGCAAGAAAGCAAGUAGAGCGCAGCUGCUCGGAUCCCGGAGUCUUUAUCAUAACAUACACCGCCGAGCACAGCCAUGGCCACCCGACUCGGCGAAACUCGCUUGCGGGAAGCACUCGCAGUCACAAUAAGUCAUCAACAGUGGCUAAAAGCCUUGCCAAUAAAUGUAAACUCCAUGGGGCAGAAGAAACGGUUCUAUCUUCUACUACCAUUAAAGAUGAGGUUGUGAAACACGAGAGCAUAAAUAUGGAAGAACAAGAAAUGCUUGGAGGUGUUGAUCAGAUUCAUAGGGAUAAAAGUCUCAUGCCAAACAUAAUGUUGAGCGACGAAUUAGUUCAAAGCUUCGAGAAUUUUGAGUUUGAGGGUUUCUUUCUGGAUCAGUUUCCAGAUUUGUCUCAUGAAGUAUGGCCCGUGAAUGAAUCCGCAACCUUAACCGGCGGUUGCUGAAUUAGUCUUUAGCCAUGUAACAACCAAAUUGCAGACUGGUAACAGCUGAUGCAC